UUAAAACCGUGAAUGAUAUGCAUUCUUUAACAUAACUUUCUCAUUUAGGACCUACAGUACCAGUAUAUAAAGCUUUACUAUCUCAGUCAAAACACCACAUCUUGAUAUUCACCGGACAGAAUAGAGUGUGUGACAUCAAGCCCCAAAUCAUGCAAGUCUUCAGCGCUGUUGCUGUCUGUGUCCUCCUGUUUGGAUGUUGUGCGGGAGUUCAGGGGUACCAUGUCGUAGGGAAGUUUGGAGACCAGAUCAUCCCCAUCGACGUCACAUUCGGCACUGAUAUAAUGGAAGUGACAGCACACAAACCUGCCAAUGCUCUCGACAGCUUCAGAGAAACAACCAACCUGCACGUGUUCUCAACGAGUUUUGUAGCCAUAAGGAAUGCAGUCGAUCAACAGUGCUACAUUCAACGAUUCAACGCCACUAUGACAGACAUGAAGCGGCGCAUAGAAGAGGCUAAACGUGCUCAUGAUGUGCUGGACGGUGUUAAAGAGGAAUGGCUCAGAGUAGAUAAACUGUCACCACUGAAGACUUGGACAGUAAAACUCCUCUUUGGACCACACAUAGCUGACUUCUGUCUCCAUCACGAAGUGUUCCUAGUGGACAGCAAAUAUUCCGGACUGGUUGAUGCAAAACAUGUCAACCCCAACAUGCGCCACAAGAGAGGAUUUUUCUUUAAGUGGAGGCCAAUAAGAAAGUGCAUUUCGCAGUUUGCCAGACGAGUCACAAGUGGCGUCGUGUUUGAUCCGUGUAACACUGACGUUACAGUAGUUUGUUAGAGAAACUGUUUGCUUCUCAGCAAUGAGACAAGAACCACUGUCGUCAACUUGCUGUUUUCUGAUUCAUUCGUUACAGGAAGUAACAGCAUUCAUGUAAAUGCCACAUAAAGUUAUACAAACACCACAAGAUAAGGACAUUGUGGUCAAUAAAUCCGUGUUUUCGUA